CUCCUUUAAGCGUCCACAGCCGGCGGAGCGGCCACAAUCACAGCUCCGGGCAUUGGGGGAACCCGAGCGGGCUGCGCCGGGGGAAUCCGUGCGGGCGCCUUCGGUCCUGGUCCCAUCCUUGCCCGGCUCCCGCACCCCUGAAGUUUUGCAGCGCCCAGAAAAGAGGCGGGGGAGGAGGGAGCGUGAGAGGAGAAGGGAGCAAAAGCACACCCAUAAACAUUUAUUUCCAAGAGAAAAGAAAAAGGGGGGCGCAAAAAUGGCUGGGGCAAUUAUAGAAAACAUGAGCACCAAGAAGCUAUGCAUUGUUGGUGGGAUUCUGCUCGUGUUCCAAAUCAUCGCCUUUCUGGUGGGAGGCUUGAUUGCUCCAGGGCCCACGGCGGCAGUGUCCUACCUGUCAGUGAAAUGCGUGGAUAUCCGUAAAAACCAUCACAAAACAAAAUGGUUAAUGCCUUGGGGAGCUAACCAGUGUGACAAGAUCCGGGACAUCGAGGAAGCAAUUCCGAGGGAAAUAGAAGCCAAUGACAUUGUGUUUUCUGUCCACAUUCCUCUCCCCAACAUGGAGAUGAGUCCUUGGUUCCAAUUCAUGCUGUUUAUUCUGCAGCUGGACAUUGCAUUCAAGCUGAACAACCAAAUCAGAGAAAACGCAGAGGUUUCCAUGGAUGUUUCCCUGGCUUACCGUGAUGAUACGUUUGCCGAGUGGACUGAAAUGGCCCAUGAGAGAGUGCCCCGGAAACUCAAAUGUACCUUUACAUCCCCCAAGACUUCAGAGCAUGAGGGCCGUUACUAUGAAUGUGAUGUUCUUCCUUUCAUGGAAAUUGGAUCUGUGGCUCAUAAGUACUAUCUUCUAAAUAUCCGGCUGCCUGUGAAUGAGAAGAAGAAAAUCAAUGUUGGGAUCGGGGAGAUAAAAGAUAUUCGGUUGGUGGGAAUCCACCAAAAUGGAGGCUUUACCAAGGUGUGGUUUGCCAUGAAGACCUUCCUUACACCCAGCAUCUUCAUCAUUAUGGUGUGGUAUUGGAGAAGGAUCACCAUGAUGUCCCGACCGCCAGUGCUUCUGGAAAAAGUCAUCUUUGCCCUUGGAAUUUCCAUGACUUUUAUCAAUAUCCCAGUGGAAUGGUUUUCCAUUGGGUUCGACUGGACCUGGAUGCUGUUGUUUGGUGAUAUUCGACAGGGUAUCUUCUAUGCAAUGCUUCUCUCCUUCUGGAUUAUUUUCUGUGGCGAGCACAUGAUGGAUCAGCAUGAGCGGAAUCACAUAGCAGGGUAUUGGAAGCAAGUUGGACCAAUUGCUGUUGGCUCUUUCUGCCUCUUCAUAUUUGACAUGUGUGAGAGAGGGGUACAACUCACGAAUCCCUUCUACAGUAUCUGGACUACAGAUGUUGGAACAGAGCUGGCUAUGGCCUUCAUCAUUGUGGCUGGGAUCUGCCUCUGUCUCUACUUCCUGUUUCUGUGCUUCAUGGUAUUUCAGGUGUUUCGAAACAUCAACGGAAAGCAGUCUAGCCUGCCAGCCAUGAGCAAAGUCCGGCGGCUGCACUAUGAGGGGCUAAUUUUCAGGUUCAAGUUCCUCAUGCUUAUCACCUUGGCCUGUGCUGCCAUGACUGUCAUCUUCUUCAUUGUUAGUCAGGUGACUGAAGGCCAUUGGAAGUGGGGUGGUGUCACAGUCCAAGUGAACAGCGCCUUUUUCACAGGCAUCUAUGGGAUGUGGAACCUGUAUGUCUUUGCUUUGAUGUUCUUGUAUGCUCCAUCCCAUAAGAACUAUGGGGAUGACCAGUCCAAUGGUCGAAAAGUGACCCUUAGAAGUGAACCACUGAGCAGCUCAGUACCUAGCUCUGUGCUAGGCUGGUGAUCUGGGUGUCCACAGUGGGGAAGAACUCCAGCUCACCACCACUAUCACUCAUGUGGAUGGACCCACCGAGAUCUACAAGUUGACCCGCAAGGAGGCCCAGGAGUAGGUGGCUGCAGCACCUGGCUGGGACUGUCCCCCCACAUCCCAGCCCCUCUAACUAGAGUGGGGAGCAUGCCAGAGAGAGAGAGCUACGGUGUAAAUGAGUGCUCCUGUCCCUUAGCUGUGGUUCCUUGGACCAGCGGCAUGGACUUUGUCAGUGUGCCUUCUGACCACAGCUCUUGGAGGAAGAUUCCUGCAGCCACCAAUACAUUGUGUAUAAUAGCAAAACCUCUGGUGUGACACAUCUUCUGUGAUCAUUGUUAAUUAGUGACAUAGUAACAUCUGUAGCAGGUGGUUAGUAAACCUCAUGUGUUGGGGGUAUACUCCUUGGGGGAUCAUUUGGGCCAGAUGGGGUCUAUAUGGAGUGGAAUAUUUAACUCUUUUUCCUGUUUUAGAUUCUAGGAUAGAUGUUAACAUCCUUUGCAGUUCAAGAUAGGCUGGUGUCAUAGUCUUUUCAUUCCUAGUUCAUGACCACUUUUUUCCCCCUAUUUAUAUCACCAAGUAGCCUAUUGAGUUAAUAUUUAAGUUUCAAUAGAUAUGCGUCCCUAUUUUUUAUGGCAUAAUAUAAAAUAACUGAAUUUCAUGAGAGGGUCUAUUACACCAGGGGCAUUUCAGCUUUGAAACCAAAUCUGUAUAUCCAAUACUAACCAGUCCGUUGGAUGUGGGUUUUAAAAAUGUUUGCUAAACUACCCAAGUAGGAUUUAUUGUAUUAAAUGGCCUUUGGGUCUGAAAAACUUUUUUAACCUCUUGCUUAAAUUGUUUUUUCUUUUUAUAAGAUGCUUCAAACGGCCUCUGAAAGUGUAGAUUCGCUCAUUUAAAUAAACUUGUAUGUAUAUGCAUAUAUGUAUAUGCAAACAUCAUCCUCCUGCUCAA